GGUGAUGCUCCCGAUCCAUUAACAGAUCUUGCGGAUAUGCAAUGUAUGUGGUUUGUCCUUGAAGAAGGUGAAAGCUAUAUAAGGCAAAAAAAAUGGGGAAAAGCCCUAAAACGUUUUCACCAAAUUGAAAAGCAUUUUGCCGAUAUAACGGACGAUCAAUUCGAUUUUCAUACUUAUUGCUUACGUAAAGUCACUCUUCGGGCAUACUUGAGGCAUAUAUCAACAGAUAAGCACUCUGAUCAAUUACGCUCUCAUCCAUAUUAUUUUCGUGCAGCACAAAAUGCCAUAAAGAUCUAUAUCGAAUUAUACGACAAUCCAAAUACGGUAACUGUUAGUGAAGAAAAUGAAGACUAUGCAAAUAUGACUGAGGGUGAGAAGAAGAAGCUAAGAAGCAAGGCUAACAAAGCUGCUCAUAAAAAACAAAAAGAAGAUGAAGAAAGAAAAGCGAAGGAAGAUGUAAAAAAGAAAGUUGAUAAACCUCAGGACGAUGAUCCGGAUGGUGAAAAACUUCUUAAGACUGAAGAUCCUUUGGGUGAAGCGUUUAAGUUCUUACUCCCAUUGCAAGAACUAUCGCCAAAAAGGAUAGAAACGCAUUUACUGGGAUUCGAGAUCUAUCUACGAAAAAAGAAGUAUCUUCUUGCUCUUAGAGCUCUUUUACGUGCUUACAAUAUAGAUAAAGAAAAUGCUACAUUGCAUAAUGAUAUAAUACGAUUUCAUUUAGCGGUGUCUGAUGAUAAAGAAAUUAAUCCAACAGUAAAUCAAGUUAUUGCCUCAGAAAAA